CUCCAUUUGAUAUUUUCUCAGCGACCAAACAGUAAACAAGGAAAAAAAAAGUAAUACGAAACCCAGAAACCCUUCAUUGAAAAAAAAAUGGAAGAAAAUAGCGUUGUAAGUAGCACAACAACACCAACAAACAGCAGCAACAAAACGACGCAGGAGCUUGCAUCGGAGGGCCUAAAACAUCUAGAAGAAACCAUCGAAGCCGCUUUUCAGAUUCUCUCUUCCAUGAACGACGAGCUUUGCAACCCUGCCUUAUGGUCCACCACUCCUACCACCAGCGCCGCCGCCGCUAACGGCCCUUCUCUCUCCAACGGCGCCGUUUUAGGAAACGGUGAUUCGUCCUCCGACGGCAGCGGCGGCCAUCACUCGGAGACGGGGGGAGCUGGAGGUAGUGGCAAUGGCGCCCUCGAUGAGGCUCGCCUUAUGUAUAAGAACUCCGUCGCUGCUCUUCGCACUGUGCUCACCGCUAUUCCCAAUUCUCAAAAGGCAAAAGCAUUUGAAACGGGUUCAACUGCGAGUAGCCCUGCAGGUGAAGCAGAUAUCGAGAAGUUGGAAGAGCAAGCCUCGAAUCUCAGGAAGGAGCUUGCAAACAAGAAUGAAUAUAUAAAGCGUCUAAUUGAUCAACUACGGGAGCUUAUCAUAGACGUAUCGACUUGGCAAAGUCCUUGUUCCAUGUAAAACUCGGACAACAAUCGAGUUAUCUUGGCUGCUGAUACCCUCGGAGGAGGAGUAUGAGCUUCAUUGCGGGUGGCGCUGUAUUCAAGCAAUAAUGUGUCUCUCUUAUGGAACCAUUUGGCAUGGUUUACUUGGAGGAAUAUUGCCUGUCGAGUAGUUCGAUAUUAUCUCGAGUGGAAGUAAAAAAAAACGAGAUGUUCUUCGUAAUCGAUUUUUCAUUAUUAAGUACAUUCCUAUACUACUACCAAACACAAGCAAACGUAAAAUGCAUGGAUGCUAAAUCUGUAAUGAGAAGACGCAGCUGAUUCAAACACAGUUCUUUCACCAAAACACUGCAGCUUUAUUGCAUAUUCCUUGACAAAUUUUAAUUUGAGAACAUACAUUUCUAAAACCUGUAAGAAAAUUUAGAGGGGGAACGAGGUUUUGAGUUCAACCGGUUAC